AAUUGUUGUUAAUAUAAAUUAGAGAAAAAAUCGUCAGAGGCUGUUGUGUCUUGUAGUAAUACCAUAUGGACUCUUAGGGACGCUGUUGACCAGGCAGCUGAGCAUUUAAUGCAGGAUUGUAUCAGAAACUCCUCCAGUGAUUCCGUCAGAACAUCGACGUUGCACAGAGAGAGGAGGACGUGCGGGGAACGGAUUAUUCUAGCGGCCGUUUUAUACAAGAAUAAAAUCCAAAUUCGACGAUCGGGACAUUUGCUGACAUUCUUCUUUGUGAUUUGACAUCGGACUUGAAGGAUUAUUUGAGUUUGGAAUAUAAUCUGAUCACGGAUCGACGCUGUGAAACGAGGCGGGCAGAACAAUGAAUCGGCAAGUCCUGUUGUUCAUUUCUCUCCUUUCCCUCGAACCAGUGAUGGGGCAGGUCAGCUACUCGAUACCAGAGGAGAUGCCGAGAGGAUCUUUAGUGGGAAACAUCGCCAAAGAUUUAGGAUUAGAAAUCAGACGGUUAGUGGCAGGAAAAGCCAAGAUUUAUACCAGGAGCAGCGACAGAUACGUCGAGCUGAACCGAGAGAAAGGAGUCCUCCUCGUCAAAGAGAGAAUCGACAGAGAGGCGCUGUGUUCAAAGACGGAGCUUUGUGCGCUAGAAUUUCAGAUCAUUCUCGAGAAUCCCAUGGAAUUUUAUAGGGUUACAGUGCAGAUUACAGACAUUAAUGAUAACGCGCCGACAUUUGAAAAAAACGAGUUGGAAUUCAAAAUAAGUGAAUCAGCAAUAUUAGGUGCUAAAUUUGCUCUGAAAAAAGCAUUGGAUCUCGACGAGGGAGUUAAUAAUGUGAAAAAAUAUGAAAUUAAACCAUCUGACAAUUUUGCAUUGAAAGUAACUAAUGACGCAGACGGCAAUAAAAACGUGGAGAUGGUAUUGCAGAAGCCUUUGGACAGGGAGAAGCAGGAGCAGAUCUCUCUGGUGCUGACAGCUGUAGAUGGAGGAGAGCCGCAGAUGACAGGGACGAUGAUGAUCCAGAUCACUGUUCUGGAUCAUAAUGAUAACGCUCCUGUUUUCACACAGCGUGUUUACAAAGCCACCAUCACUGAGAAUUCCCCUAAAGGAACUGUGGUGUCUGUUGUCACUGCCUCAGAUGCUGAUCGAGAUGCAAAUGCUAAAAUAUCAUAUUCAAUCACUAAUUCAUUGGACAAUGUAAAUAAAUAUUUUGAAAUUAAUGAUGAAAGUGGAGAGAUUGUGCUGAUUGGUGAUGUUGACUAUGAAACAUCAAGACAAUUUAAAAUAGAUAUACUUGCAAGUGACGACGGAGGACUGACAGAUUCUUGUAAAUUAAUAGUCGAGGUUCAGGAUGUCAAUGACAACAAACCUGAAAUAAACAUCAUGUCAAAGUCAAACGUGAUAUCAGAGGAUGCAAAACUCAACACAGUCGUGACCAUGAUUAACAUUGAGGAUCUAGAUUCUGGUGAAAAUGGACAAGUGAACUGUUUUGUUGGAGAUGGUUUACCUUUUUCAUUAAAGUCAACGACUAGUAAUUUCUUCACUUUAGUGACUGACAGUGAGUUGGACAGAGAGAGUGCUUCAGAGUACAACAUCAGUGUUAGCUGCUCUGAUGAGGGAGUGCCCUCCCUCUCCAGUAGCGUCACUCUCACCUUACAGAUCUCUGACGUCAAUGACAACCCUCCUGUCUUUGAGAGGAGCUCAUAUGAGGCCUACAUUGUAGAGAACAACACACCGGGUCUCUCUAUAUUCACAGUCAGAGCAACAGACGCUGACUGGAACCAGAACGCUCGGGUCUCUUACAUACUGGAGGACUCCUCUGUGAACGGAGUGUCCGUCUCCUCAUAUGUGUCCGUCAGUGCUGAUAGUGGAGUCAUUCAUGCAGUGCGCUCUUUUGACUACGAGCAGAUCAAGGACUUUGAGUUCCGGGUCAAAGCUCAGGAUGGAGGCUCCCCUCCUCUCAGCAGCAACGUGACUGUGAAAAUCCUGAUCCAGGACCAGAACGACAACCCUCCUCAGGUUCUGUAUCCGGUCCAGACUGGUGGCUCUCUGGUGGCUGAGAUGGUGCCUCGCUCAGCAGACGUGGGCUAUCUGGUCACUAAAGUGGUGGCUGUUGAUGUGGACUCUGGACAGAACGCCUGGCUCUCCUAUAAACUGCAGAGAGCCACAGACAGGCCGCUGUUUGAAGUGGGCUUACAGAAUGGAGAGAUCAGAACCAUCCGACAAGUCACCGAUAAAGAUGCUGUGAAACAAAGACUGAGCGUUACAGUGGAGGACAACGGACAGCCCUCUCGUUCAGCUACAGUCAUUGUGAACGUGGCGGUGGCCGACAGCUUCCCAGAAGUCAUGUCAGAGUUCACUGACUUUACACAGGACAAGGAGUACAACGACAACCUGACUUUUUACUUAGUGUUGGCUUUGGCUGUAGUUUCCUUCCUCUUCAUCACGUGUCUCGUGGUGAUUAUCUCAGUCAAGAUCUACAGAUGGAGACAGUCUCGCGUCCUGUAUCACUCCAAUCUCCCUGUGAUUCCAUAUUAUCCACCACGUUACUCAGACACUCUGGGGACAGGGACUCUCCAGCAUGUGUACAACUACGAGGUGUGCAGGACCACUGACUCCAGAAAGAGUGACUGUAAGUUCGGCAGAGCCGGUAGUCAGAACGUCCUGAUCAUGGACCCCAGUUCUACAGGGACGAUGCAGCGCAUGCAGAGUGAAAAGAGCAUCCUGGAUGAACCUGACUCUCCUCUGGAGGUGAGUUCAUCAUGAUUGUAGUUAGAUUUCUUUGCUCUAUGCUAUUCAUCAGCAUCACUGUCUGUGAUGUUUGGCAUAAUAAAAUUAGCUUCUUCCAUGUACUCUUUCAUUUUUGCCAUCACUGCUUGUAAUCUGGUUUCAAAAUCGUCGACUCACAGAAGUUAACACUCCUAGCAUUAAAAUAUAUCUGUGAUCUUUCUGUCAAACAAUGAUCUGAUGGCAUCAAUAAAUUACGUAUAUUACUGUCUUGUAUUUAACAAUUACAUGUUUCGCCUGUCAGUUUUAUCAAGUUGUGUUUGCUGUCGCAAGUGGCUCGUGGAUUUCUGUGGCUCGCCUUGAUUUGUUGAAUUUGUUCAGCACCACGGACAGUGUCGAUUCUGUCAGUGUGUCUGUCGAUAGAAACUUGUUUGCAACAUAAGGAAUGAAGCAGGUGGAGGAAGACUCCUCUGUUUUCACCGCUACCAUUUUCAGUCAAUAUAUUCUAUUUUCACUGAUGAUGUCUGCCGCUGUUGAUACGUACUGGAAUAGUUUGAAUAUAUUAGUUAUAUUUUAGCUUACAUUCCAUUAGAUUACAUGUUCUUCAUUUGUCCAACUCAUGAUCAAUUAUUUUUCUUCAUUUAUUGAACCCAAUAUAUAUUUAUUCACAUUUAUUUGAUUCCAGGCGGAGUGAAAGGGUACAAAUUUAUGUAUUUAUUUGUUUUAAUAGAAUUGUUUUCAUGUUGGACAAAGACUCAGGGGUACAACAUUGACGAGUAUGUAGCAUUAAUGGUCCUUGAACGCGCCAGUAGGUGUUUGUUGCUGCUGUGGCUGUUUUGCAAUGAACAAUCUGUGAUUUUCGCUGUGGUUUUGCUUGUGUU